GCUGCGACUCUCUACACCAUUUGCAGCAUUUCCCUCAGAAAAAGUAGAAAGAGAGAGAGAGCGAGAGAGAGAGAGAGAUGGAUAAAGGCAGCAAAGUAGGAGGUGCAGGCAGCUCGCCCAUGGGGUUGAUGGGUUCGACGACAGAUGAGAAAGAGGAAGCAGCAAGCAGCCCCAUGCGCACAGCUGAGACCAUUCUGCGUCUCGUCCCAAUGGCUUUGUGUAUCUCAGCCCUAGUCCUCAUGCUCAAGAAUUCUCAGACCAAUGACUUUGGCUCCCUCUCUUACUCUGAUCUUUGUGCUUUCAGGUAUUUGGUGCAUGCCAAUGGCAUAUGUGCUGGUUAUUCCCUUCUUUCGGCUGUGAUUGUAGCAAUGCCUCGACCAUCCACCAUGUCCAAAGCCUGGACAUUCUUCUUCCUUGAUCAGGUGUUAACAUACAUAAUUCUGGCGGCGGCUGCGGUAUCGGUGGAGGUGCUGUACCUGGCACGAAAGGGAGACACAUCCAUCACUUGGAGUGCAGUUUGUGUAUCGUUUGGGGGAUUCUGUCACAAGGCCACAGCAUCUGCAAUCAUUACAUUUGCUGUAGUAGCUUGCUAUAUACUGCUUUCGCUUCUCUCCUCAUACAAACUUUUCAGCAGAUUUAGUGCACCAGCUAUAAGCAACCCUGGUAAGGGCAUUGAGAUUGCCGGCUUUCAAGGCUAAUUAUCACCUCCGGCCACCACCACCGCCUGCUUGGUUGGAUAUCUAUGGUCAAUAACAGUUGUUGUUGGUUUGCUUUUGUGUGAGCUUUGGACUUUCUUGUACUUGAUAUGUGUUUAAACUUUGAAAUUAAUCUACCAAAUAAGAAGCUUUACAUA